AUGGCGGCCACGCUGGACGGAGCUGCCGGAGGCAAGAAGCGCAAGCGCGCGGCGCCCGGCCUCGCCGACCUCCACGACGACAUGCUGGAGCGCGUGCUCGCGCGCCUCCCGCCGGCCAGCUACUUCCGCCUCCGUGGCGUCUCCCGCCGGUGGCGCGCCGCGGCGGAGUCCCGCACCUUCCGCGCCUCCUGCGCGCGCGUCACGGCACGGGACCCAUGGUUCCUCAUGCUCGAGGACCCCGACCACCAGGACCUGGACCAGGACAAGCGGCGGCCGCGCCCCGCCGCCGUCUUCGACUCCGCCGAGCGCGCCUGGGCGCGGUGGCGUGGCGCGCCGGGGCCGCUGCAGCCGGUGGCCGCCGCGGGCGGGCUCGUGCUGUACCGCGACCCGGGCACGGGAGACCUCACCGUGGUCAACCCGCUCACGGGCGCGUCCCGCGCGCUCCCGCCGACGCCGGCGCGCGCGGCGGGCGCGCUGCAGGCUGUCGCCAUGUAUGGCUCGCCGUACCGCGUGGUGCUCAUCCUGGGCGAGCUCCCGGACCUGUCCACGGUGAUGUACGACUCGUCUACGAACGCGUGGGGCGACGAGGCGGCGCUGUCGCGGAAACCGGCCGAGGACGCCUCGUCCCGGGAGGAGCGCGUCGCGGAGGUCGGCGGCGACACCGUCUACUUCCUCAGCAAGUCCGGCGACGUCGUGGCCACCACCAUGCAGCGGAGCGCGUCGCGGCAGUACUCGUCGGCCGUGGCGUGCCGGGACGGAGGUGGCGACGCUGUGGCCUACUUCCUGAGCCGCUCGGGCACGGUGGUGGCCUGCGACCUGGCGCGCCGCGCUUUCGCGGAGCUGCCCCGUAUCCUGCCCGCGUACCACGAGUACUCCAUCGACGUGGUGGCCUGCGGCGGCGCAGCCUACGCGGUGGUGCUCUCGGAGUUCCUCGACGCGGCCAGCCUCCGCGUGUGGGAGUUCGCGGGCGGCGCGUGGCGGCAGGUGGCCGCGAUGCCGCCCGCCAUGGCGCACGCCUUCCGUGGCGCCAAGGCGGACGUGAACUGCGUCGGCCACGGCGGCCGCGUCAUGGUCUGCGUCAGCUCCAGCUCUGCCGGCGGCGCCAGCGGCUGCUUCAUGUGCGACGUCAGGACCAACCGGUGGGAGGAGCUCCCGCGGCGCGCCGGCGGGGACGCCGCCACGGGCUUCGUGGCCGCGCUCUCGUUCGAGCCGAGAAUGGAGGCCGCCGUCUGA